GAAUUUGACAAGUCUAAGAUUCCUUCACAUUAAGAGGGCACAUCUCAGUGGAGAUUUUAAGGACUCAAUUGAGGGGUUAAGAUGGCUUCGAUGGCAAAAAUGUCCCAUGAAUUUUGAAGUAAACAAUUUCCAUGUUAAGGAAUUAGUUGUACUCGAACUGUCAAAAAGCGAGAUAAAUGAGAAAUGGAAAGGAUGGAGUUCUUUCACGGUGGCAAAGAAGCUCAAGUUUCUCGACCUUACAAGUUGUCUGUCCUUGGAAAACACGCACUUCCUCUCAGCUUUUAAGAAUUUAGAGGUUCUGAUCCUCAAUAGUUGUUGGGGACUGCAGCAAAUUGACUCUUCAAUUGGAGACAUGAAGGCCCUCCUUCGCUUGGAGUUGAACGGCUGUGACAACCUCAUGGAGAUUCCUGCAGAAAUCGGUAAAUUAAAAGCACUGGAGCAACUCCUUCUAGAAGAUACUCAAAAACUUUCUGCAUUACCGGACAGCAUAGAUUCUUUGCAGAAUCUGGAAACUCUAAAUAUUUCUGGCAGUGGCAUAAAAGAAUUACCCAACGGUAUUGGGAGGCUGAGAAAGCUCCGAGAGUUACAUGCUUCAAGUUGCAGAAAUCUGAAAGGGGAAAUGUCAGAAAGCAUGUGCAAUCUUUCAUCCCUACAACGCCUUGAUUUUCUUGGCUGUAUGGAGCUCCAAUCGCUGCCAGACCUUCCUUCCAAUUUAACAUAUUUGGGUGUCACCUGUCAAAGUCGCAAAUUGCCUUCACUUUCCCACCUAACCCAUCUCAAGGAACUACAAUUGAGUGAAUGCAAAUUUCUCGAGUGCAUCCAAGAGCUUCCAUCAGCACUAUUAAAGAAUUCAGAAUGCUCCCAAUGGACAGAUGUUGAACAAUCAGAAUUAUCGCAAUCCCUAAACACUCCCUUCAAGUUGGAAAUCUUGGAAGUCCGUCACUGUGAAUCUAUUGAAACACUGGACGUUUCACAGUUUAUCCAUCUAAGGACAUUCUACGCUGGAUAUUGCAAGAAUCUACUUGAGGUUCGAAGUCGUAACAAAUUGAAAUAUUUGGAAAGCUUGACUAUCGCACGCUGUGAUUCAAUUGAACGGUUGGACCUUCCGAAUUUCGAGAGCAUGAAGAUACUGGAUGCUCGUGACUGUGAUAACUUAGUCGAAAUUCAAGGUCUCGAUAGGUUGGAGUUCUUGGAAAGCCUGCAUAUCGCAUGUUGCACUUCAAUUGAAAGGCUAGACCUUCCAAAAUCCGGGAAGUUGAAGAAAUUAGAAGCUGGAGGCUGCGAAAACUUAGCUGAAAUUCAAGGCCUCAAUAGGUUGAACUUUUUGGAAAUGCUAAAUAUCGAAGGGUGCACUUCAAUUGAAAGGCUAGACCUUCCAAAAUCAGGGAGGCUGAAGAAAUUAGAAGCUGGACGUUGCAAAAACUUAGCUGAAAUUCAAGGCCUCGACAGGUUGGAGUGUUUGGACAUGCUAAAUAUCAAAGGAUGCACUUCAAUUGAAAAGCUAAACCUUCCAAAAUCCAGGUGGCUGAAGAAAUUAGAAGCUGGAAGCUGCGAAAAUUUGGCUGAAAUUCAAGGCCUCGAUAUGUUGGAGUUUUUGGAAAGGCUAAAUAUCGAAGGGUGCACUUCAAUCGAAAUGCUAAACCUUCCGAACUCCGGGAGGCUGGAGAAAUUAGAAGCUGGAGGCUGCGAAAACUUAGCUGAAAUUCAAGGCCUUGAUAUGUUGGAGUUUCUGGAAAUACUAAAUAUCGAUGGGUGCACUUCAAUUGAAAGGCUAGACCUUCCAAAAUCUGGCAGGCUGAAGAAAUUAGAAGCUGGAGGCUGCGAUAACUUAGCUGAAAUUCGAGGUCUCGAUAGGUUGGAGUUUUUGGAAAUGCUAAUUAUCGAAGGAUGCACUUCAAUUGAAAGGUUAGACCUUCCAAAAUCCGGGAGGCUGGAGAAAUUAAGAGCUGGAGGCUGCGAAAACUUAGCUGAAAUGCAAGGCCUCGAUAGGUUGGAGUUUUUGGUAAUGCUAAAUAUCGAAGGCUGUACUUCAAUUGAAAGACUAGACCUUCCAAAAUCUGGGAGGCUGAAGAAAUUAGAAGCUGGUGGCUGCAGAAACUUAACUGAAAUUCAAGACCUCGCUGGGUUGGAUUGUUUGGAAAUGCUAAAUAUCGAAGGGUGCACUUCAAUCGAAAGGCUAGACCUUCCAAAAUCCGGGAGGCUGAAGAAAUUAGAAGCUAGAGUUUGCAAAAACUUAGUUGAAAUUCAAGGCCUCGAUAGGUUAAAGUUUUUGGAAAUGCUAAAUAUCGAAAGGUGCGCUUCAAUUGUAUGGCUAGACCUUUCAAAAUCCUGGAGGCUAAAGAAUUUAGGAGCUGGAGACUGCAAAAACUUAGCUGAAAUUCAAGGCCUCAAUAGGUUGAAGUUUUUGGAAAUGCUAAACAUCAAAGGGCUGGAGUUCUUGGAAAGCCUGAAUAUCGCUAGGUGCACUUCAAUUAAAAGGCUGCUCCUUCCAAAAUCCGGGAGUCUGAAGACAUUAUAUGCUGGUUCAUGCAAGGAAUUAGCCGAAAUUCAAGGCCUCGAUGGGUUGGAGUUUUUGGAAGUGCUAUGUAUCGAAGGAUGCACGUCUGUUGAAAGGCUAGAACUUCCAAAAUCCGGCAGGUUGAAGAUAUUAGAAGCUGGAGGCUGCGAAAACUUAGCUGAAAUUCGAGGCCUUGAUAGGUUGGAGUUUUUGGAACAACUGAGUAUCAUUGGAUGCAAGUCACUUAAAACAAUUCCAGAAUUAUCUGGGACACGGAUUUAUCAAAAUUAA